CAAGGUAGCUUACGUUGUAUAUAUCCCUGACGUCGGCAACUCAGAAAUUAGUGUGCUAAGCAAAGCUUCGGAAAUGGUGGGGACAACGUAGUGCUAUAUCGAGUGCGAAGUAGUAUAAACGGCAGUAUUCUCCAUAAACAUUGUCCUAUAGUUUUAUACUUCAUUUACCUCGGUACCGUAAACUCUUUAAAGUAAAAUUCCUCCAAGUUUUCGUGUAUUAAUGGAGGAGAAGAAAGAAGACGGCGACCCGGAGAUACAGGAACACGGACCCGAGCACUGGUUCUCGAAAUGGGAGCGGCAGUGUUUGGCCGAGGCGGAGCAGAGAGAGCCGAGCGAAGAGGAGGCCGACAACGACCAGGAUAAACUGUGGCACCUUUUUCAGAACUCCGCCACCGCCGUGGCACAGUUAUACAAAGACCGUGUGUGUCAUCAACAGGGUCUGUCACUGUGGGUGCCAUUUCAGAACGCUGCCACAGCAGUCACCAACCUGUACAAAGAAAGUGUCGAAGCUCACCAGAGAAGCUUCGACAGAGGCAUCCAGAUAGGACACCAACGGCGUAAUAAGGACAUGUUGGCUUGGGUAAAAAAGCGUCGGAGAACCAUCCGCAGGGAGGAUCUCAUCAGCUUUCUGUGCGGCAAAGCGCCGCCGCACCGGAGUAGCAGGGCCAGCAGCAGACUGGCCAUGGUGGCCCCCAGCCGGGCUAACUCGCCGGCCGAGACCGGCUCGUCUGUGGAAGCCGACCUGCAGCCCUUCAGGGAGGCCAUAGCACUGCACGGUUUGAGCGGGGCCAUGGCGAGUAUCAGCGUCCGCUCCGGUGCUCCGGGCUCUCCCACGCACGUGAGCGGGAGCAGCAGUGGCGGCGGCGGCGCCGCUGCCGGCGGCGGUGCUUCAUCAGGCUCGGGGGCGCUGUGCCGCAGCAGGCGUAACGGCCUGCAGGACGUUGACCUGAACACUUUCAUCUCAGAGGAGAUGGCGCUUCAUCUGGACUCGACAGGCUCGGCCACCGGUGGGGGAGGAGCCAGGAAACGAAACUCCACCCAAUGCAGCGACGUCAUCACAGACUCCCCGACUCACAAACGCAACAGGAUGAUUUGAACCCGCAGAGGAGCCGCCACACAAGGAAGCCUUGACCGAUGGCUGCAACCGGAGGCUCCCAGGUUCACUUUUACGAUUGUCGGACGAGCUCUCUUCUUUGUCUCCCUUCCCAUAUCGGAGAGAUCGACAGGAGGAGCGAGCAAACGCGGCGACUCUGCAGGUUCCGCCCGAGCGCCGCCGCGUUGCAGGGUCUGGGGAUCAAGGCAGUUCUCAACGUGCGCCGCUUGACACGCUAAAAGCCACUUGAUUCUUGACACGAUUGUGCCCUUACUCCCUCUGACCUCACCCAGCACCUUAAUAAGGAAGUGAGGACGUACGUCAAACACUUCUUCCUGUUACUUGACGGUCUGGUUGGGUCUGCGCUUGUGAGGACACCUUUCGUCUUUUACCACCAGUGUUCAUCAUUCGAGCUUUCUUGCCACCGCUUACAACAAUGAUGGCCAACUUAACUUUCUUUUUUUUUUUUUUUUUUGCCGUCGCCUUUUUUUUUUUCCUCCAAAUAACUUUCCCACGUUUGUGCAGUCUUACUCAAAAAAAAAAAAAAAAAAAAAAAAAAAAAGAAAGCAGCGGCCCUUUCGUGUGAUUGUGUGACUUUAUUAAUGAGUUGCAAUAAGGCUUUUUGCACUUAAAGAUUUCAACCUCGGACUCAUGCAAACAAAAUCGGCUCUUCCGUCAUGUUCCGCUCGUAGCCUUUCCCGGUUGUAAACAACCCGCUUUGCCGUGGGAGUGCAGGAGAACUCUUUGUCUCCCAGGUACGGAACCCGCCCGCCGUCGUUCCCUCCAGCGGCGGGGCUCAUCACCUGCAAAUGGGUGCUUGUAAGAAUAAAAGGAUUAUGAUGUGUUGCAAAAGUAUCUGCUGACAUUAGCAAGCUGUGCUCACAGGGCAUCCAAAAUUUCAUUUGAUGCACUUGUCGGCUGGUAUCUUGCAACCGUUUUUUUUUUUUUUUUUUGCCUUAUUUGCCAAACACGCAUAUAGAGCCUGUUUGAGUACCAUUUGGAAAAGAAAGCAUAUUUAUUGACUUUAAUAAAUGAAAUCACAAUGAACGAAUGCAUUUAAGCCUUUGUCUGUGGACCACAGUGAUGUCACUGUCCUCCCCCAUUACCCCCCCCCCCCCAAAAGCUGGAAAGACUUUUUCUCCUUUGAGUUGUAUAAAGCGUGCCAGUUUUGUCAUCUAUGUUACAGUUUGGUCACAGAUUUCACUUUUGCAUUUAGCUUGGCUCUUACUCCUGCAUGGAAGCUGGCUAGUUUUUUUUUUUUUUUUUUUUGCAAAACCACUAAAAA